AUGGUUGAAACUGACAAGGGUCUCGAUUAUGUGGAGACCAGUAAUGACGAGGUGCAUGUUCAUGCGAAGCCAGAAAGGUUAAAAAUGGUUACCAAACUGUUGAUGGACAAUAAAUUUGGUCUCAUGGAUGAUUUAAACUAUACCAGGGCCCUUCCUGAAUCUUAUGAGAACAUGUUCUCACCAGAGGAUAAAUUUGGACAGCCUAAUGGCGACUCGAAUAAGAUACCAGGUGCUGAACAGCGACCUCCGAUACUAGCCAUCCCGAGGUCUACUAGGAUAAAAGCCGAGCGUGUGAGAAUAUACAUGGAUUUUUACUAUAAUGUAAUGGACAGAUGUAUCAACCUUGAGAGCCAUGAUCAUCAUCAUGAUGGUGUAGAAGGAGUGUACAAUCCUCUGCAAGUCAUAAGAAACAGGAAACUGAGGAAGAAAUACCGUGAAAUGCCUCCUCGCGAGUUAUUUGUACAGAAAGCCCCAGUUAUUGCCAUAAAACAGUUUUCAUCGAAGCCCAAUAAGAAAAUGCCCUGGUUCGUGGAAGUGAGCGAGCGAUCUAGUGAUCUGACCUGGAGGACGUCUCACUGGGAUGAACUAGUAGAUCCGCAUGGAAACCUCUGGUUCAGGCCGAAUAAAAGCCUGACCGCAAGCCCUACAAAGGAACAGCAUCGUCAUCACCGUCCACAUAUCAGACGUCGAACUUCUUCACAUUUGGAACUUCCAUCAAGCUCACCCUAUUAUAUGUCAGGCAUCAAUCCAAGCUCUCCGGAGCUACGAGGGCAACAUAGAGAUAGCGUGUCAGAUGUAAGUGCUUUUAGUCACUCUGAGUUGCCUAUGUCGCACUUGGUAGCUCCAGAGCCGGGAACCUCGCUGGACGAGAAUGAGAAAUCAAGGCUCAAUCGAUUCGAAAUGAUCAUAGGUAACAGGCCCAAACGAUGGUCAAAAUCUCCAAAUCUGCGUCGCAGAAGUCAUGAUUCUGUGGAGAAGCUUUCGUUACCUAUGUCUAAAGGAGAGUCUUAUAAUACCGGGACUUCUGAUCAUAGUCGUGCCAGUAGCACAAGCAUGGCCAAUAUUACGGGUAAUUCUUACAUGACGCCUAUGGAUCCUCAAGGCCCACGAACUACGUUGUUAAGUGCGCUGCCAAUCCGUCCUGUCAGGAGAAGCUCGCAGGAGAAGGAUGCUGUGCAUGUGGAGCAUGUUGAGUCUGGAAGAGGGCAGACUUAUGAGGACACUGAGUCUCUAGACCCACUAGAGCCUUUAAACAAGUCGGUGCAAACGGAUAAGCAACUGGAGAAAUUUUGGUGGGAUGCUAGAUAUAUGGCAGGCACUUUGAGGAUAAUGCAUCACCGACGGAUCACUCAUUCGAUCGUCAAAGAUUGGGGCAUUAGGAAGAGGAACAAGAUGCAAUGUGAUGAAAACAUGGAUAGUAUCCUUUCAGACACUUCCAAAGUUUUGGGGACUUACGACAGAGAGUUGGACAAGGCAUUCAAGAGAGGUAACUUGCUGGCAUCAAGUAUAUUGAAUGAUUACUCGAUGAGAGUGGAGACACUAAUUUCAACUACUGACAGAAUUCUCAGUGACAUAAACACUUCCCUAACUUUGAGGUUGAAGCUUUUUCAAGAGGAUGUCGAUAAAUUUGGGAACUUGAGGAUGAUGAGAGCGCAAAAACUGACCAAAUUUUUUACAGAAUCUUAG